AUGCCUUCAUCAACGCCGUCGAAAUAUGGUGUUAUCGAGCAGACUGACAUUUCGAAUCGCAGCGACACCGGCGUAGCUGAACUUUCUCAAACUGCGCGCUCUACACCUUCAACGUCGUCUACACCUCUAGAAAAGCCCGUCCAUGGCCAACGCAUUGAAAUUGACCAAAACAUCAAAGCUGGCAAGUACUCAACUCUUCCGAUAUUCCUUUCCUCCCUCCAUUACCUACGACUGAUGCUAAACUUUUCGCUUCAGCUCUACCAGCCGGUUACGACCAAAAUCACUGCAGUUUCCGACACUGGUCAAGAGUGUGCGUUUUUUCUGAAGACAGCCUCUGGAGAAUUGGGCAAGGCAAUGUUCAAGGGCGAAUUCGAAGGCAUGAGUGCCAUCAAUCAAACGAUGCCGGACUUUUCGCCCCAGCCCAUCACCUGGGGCCGGUGCAAGGAUACCCCCGACCUCUUUUUUUUCCUCUCCACGUUUAUAAAGAUGGCAAAAGGGGAUAUACCCGAUCCGGAAAAGCUUUGCGCGAAGCUAGCCAAGAUGCACCGCGAAAGUGUCAGCCCGACUGGCCAGUUUGGCUUCCACGUCACGACUUGCAAUGGCAAUAUUGCGCAGAUCAACACCUGGAACGAGUCUUGGCAAGUUUUCUUCGCUGAUGGUCUACGGUACAUGCUUGCAAUGGAUGUCAAAGUCAAUGGCGAGCAGCCAGAGCUCGUGGAGGCGAUGCAGCCCAUCUUUGAUUUCGUUAUUCCGCGGCUACUUGGGCCGCUUGAACAAGGUCCCAACCGUAUUCGACCGGCACUUGUGCAUGGCGAUCUCUGGUUUGGCAAUUGUUCUACGAAUCUCGAUACAGGUGAGCCCGUCAUCUUUGAUGCCGCGGCAUUCUACGCCCACAACGAGUACGAACUCGGAAAUUGGAGACCGGCCCGAAAUCUUCUCAAUACAAGGUACCUUGAUGUGUACAAGACUUUGGUUCCUCCUUGUCACCCAGCGACCGAGUUUGAGGACCGAAUCAUGCUCUAUGAACUCCGAUUUGACCUUCACUUUUGUAUCAUGCUUUCUGGGCUCAAGGACACUAAGAAGGAAAUGAUCUCAAACAUGAAGUAUCUAGCGAAAAAGUACCCUUCCAAGGAGUUCGAGAGAUGA